AUGUAUUUGAAGACCACUUUUAAGCAGAUCAUCCCCUUUCCACCUUCCCCAAUUAUGGCGGCCUCUUCGCUUUCCCCCCUCUUCACCCACCCUCACCGUCACCCAAACGCCACCACCACUUCCACCGCCGGAAACAUAGUCCCACUACGCACCCUCUCUUUCUCUACAAAAGUCACCCCACCUCAACACCAAAACACCAGCAUUCCACCACCGCCACCGGGGCCACAGCAAGAUAAGAAGUCAUUUUCUGUCGCCACCGGGGAGCUCUUCCUUGGCAUUGCGUCUCGUAUUCUGAUAAGGGGCGGUGGAAAAUCGAUUAAUGGAGAAGGGAGGGAGAUGCCGGCGGUGGAGAUGUUCGCAGAGGAAGAGGGGGAGUGGUGGUGGAAGGGAAGGAGGAAGGAGAGGAUUGCCACUGUGGUGAAGGAUCCCGUGCAGCCUGAGGUGGUGUGGGAGCAGAGGGUUAAGGAUGUGGAGGCCGAGCAGCGGCGCAAGGCGGUUACUAGUCCCGGAUUCAGCUUCUCAGCUGCCGGGCUUUUGUUUCCUUAUCACCUUGGCGUGGCCAAUUUUCUAAUUGAGAAGGGUUAUAUCAAGGAGACAACACCGUUAGCUGGUUCAUCUGCUGGUGCUAUUGUCUGUGCUGUGAUUGCAUCUGGAGCCAGUAUGCGGGAAGCCUUAGAAGCUACCAAAGUGCUGGCUGAAGAUUGUCGACUUCGAGGAACUGCAUUUCGCCUCGGGGCUGUUCUUAGGGAUGUUCUGGAGAAAUUUCUGCCAGAUGAUGCUCAUAUCCGGUCCAGUGGAAGGGUUCGUGUUGCCGUAACGCAGAUUCUGUGGAGGCCAAGGGGCUUAUUGGUUGAUGAGUUUGAUUCUAAAGAAGAUCUCAUUAAUGCAGUCUUUACUUCCUCCUUUAUUCCAGGAUAUCUUGCACCGAGGCCAGCAACAAUGUUCCGCAAUCGACUUUGUAUAGAUGGGGGUUUGACGUUGUUCAUGCCGCCAACUUCGGCUGCACAAACGGUACGAGUUUGUGCUUUUCCUGCCAGUCGUUUGGGAUUGCAAGGAAUUGGAAUUAGUCCUGACUGCAACCCAGAAAACCGUGCAAGUCCCAGGGAGCUCUUUAAUUGGGCUCUUGAGCCAGCAGAAGAUGAUAUUCUCGAUAAGCUCUUUGAGCUUGGAUAUUCAGAUGCAGCCAUCUGGGCUGAAGAUAAUCCAGUCGGGAAAAUAGUUCAAGAUGACGGUCCUUAUGCUGACAAUGGUGAGACAACACCAUUAGCCGGUUCAUCUGCUGGUGCUAUUGUCUGUGCUGUGAUUGCUUCUGGAGCCAGUAUGCGGGAAGCCUUAGAAGCUACCAAAGUGCUGGCUGAAGAUUGUCGACUUCGAGGAACUGCGUUUCGCCUCGGGGCCGUUCUUAGGGAUGUUCUGGAGAAAUUUCUGCCAGAUGAUGCUCAUAUCCGGUCCAGUGGAAGGGUUCGUGUUGCCGUAACACAGAUUCUUAAAAAGAUCCAAGGCCAGAUACUUUUUUCCUCACUUCACAAGAUGCGUACAGAAGAGAAUCAACCCCAAAUAGAUGGGACACAAUCAAAACUAUCACUUCAUCAAGCACAUAAAAUGUAUGUAUGA